GUUGUCAGAACACUUUUCGGUUGCAAGAGCUGAAUCUUCGCUGGAAAUCAAACUCAACCUGUUUAAUUGAAUCAUGUCCUAAUAAAGGUUACUAAUUGUAUUGAGGUUGGUAGAACAUCAGUUCAAGCAGCGAUCGCGGGCAGCAUUCUUGAUCUAUAAUAGAAGGCUAUACCACCAAUCGCUAAUCUCGAUGGCCUUUGAGCGAUAAUUACAGAUUCAAUUUCGCGCGUCGGCACUCAAAGCCGAUUGAUGUUUUAGAGAUCAACUGGUUUAAUCCAGUAACUCUUAUUUGGUUUUUAGUACUUAUUGAUAAUAUGUGUUUAUAUAGUGAAUGUUUCCGUAGAUAAAAUAUCAAUGCUAUAGAUUUUACAUUCUUUUUCAGAUCGUGAAAGUUUCCUUCGAAAUAGCCUAUGAGUAGGCUGAAGUAUGGCGGAAAAAUUCCGCACAGGUAUUAUAAAAAAAUUUCCCAUUUUUUAAUAUACCAGCUUGAGUCAUAGCACUCUUAUCCUACUUUAUAUUAUUUGCGCAUUAGCAAACUUGCAUUUGUUGAAAUUCCAGUAUUAUGUUAGGUUCACAAUCUUAAGGCCAUGUGCUGCUAUUGAAACCACUAUUCUGUACAUUUAUAUCAAUAUCUGUAGGCUAAAAAAAUCAGUAGCUCAAUAAAAAUUAGAUCAUAUUUUUAGUAUUUGAGGGCGGGUGUAGAGAGGAAAAAUCUAUGAUAACUUAUGUCCUUACUUCACAAACUAUAAGCAAUUAAAUAAUUCAUAAAUAAAUGAUAGUAGGUAUGACUAAUAAAAAACUCGUCUGCUCUUUCAUUUACAGAAGGUUUUCCUGUGCAAUUGAAAAGAAGUUCUUCUGUAUUCAUGGAUUCGUCUUUCACUGAAGAACCUUUGAAUAAACGUCCACGCUAUGCUGUAUCUUCUCUUUACCAUGCCGUAAAUAAUAUUAGGAAUGCCGCUCCCAAAUCUUAUCCAGAAAAUGUUACACAAUCGUUGAAUAUUUCUGAAGAAGCUCGUUGUGUCACUUUCAACGAAGGACUUGAACAGUUUAAUAACCGAAAACAAAAGUUACUCACACUGAAAGAUAAAAACAUUCUGAAAAAAUGUUAUCAUGAAGAUCUUGCCGAAUUGUUUUUUCUUCAAAAUUUAGGGCACCUGAUCACUGAAUUUCCUACAUGGAGGAAAAAAACUGAUAUACAAUUAAGUCAAUUUUAUCAAGCUAAUCCUCUAGAUAGAUCCAAUAGAAAUGGUCAUUCUGAAUCAGAUGCUUUAGCUGAAAAAGAACUUUUACGUCCUUUUCAUUUCCCUGUUGAAAAAGCCUCCUCUGGUCCACCCACACCAACAAGAAAGAGCGCUACUGAUCCUCCAAAAUCUGAUGAUGAAACGAAUGAACCAAGCGCUGUUAAUGAAAUUGCUGAACAAGCUCGAAAGGAGGCCGAAGUGAUCAAGAAAGUUCAUAAUUUGCGAAAACAAGGUCUUUGGAGUAAGAGCCGUCUUCCCAAAUGCAUGGAACCCAAGCGAACCAAAACUCAUUGGGAUUAUUUGUUAGAAGAAAUGCAAUGGAUGGCCGCCGACUUCCAUUCCGAAGCAAAGCUGAAAAUACAGCAUGCUAAGAGGCAAGCUCGAGCUGUACAGGCAUAUUGGGCUAGCUUUAGAGACAACGAGAAGAGAAAUGAGAAAAAGAAAGAGAUUCAAAUAAAGCGUUUAGCUAACGGUGUAGCUAAAAUGAUAAAAAAUUUCUGGCAGGUAAUGGAAAAAUUUGCGGAUAUGAAGCAGCGAAAUCGUCUUGAGGAAACUCGAAUUAAAGCUUUAAACGUUCAUCUAAAUCACAUCAUCGAUAAAACUCAAACAUAUUCUUCUAUGUUGACGUGUUCGGUUGGUUCUGGUAGUGUAGAUGAUCCUGACAAAAAUGAUACAGAGUACAAUCCUGAAGAAGAUGAUUCUGAAGAUGAUAUUACUACAUUAGCACAAGAAGAAGAAAAAUUAAAUAAAACUGAAGUCAAUCAAGAACUUAAAGCUUUAACUGCUGAGAGUGAUAUGCCCUUAGAUCAAUUAAUAUCAAAACUCCCAAAGUCAUAUUUUGCUAAACGCCGAAGGCUAUCUAGUUUCUCAGAAGAAAGUGAUGUUGAAAUGCUUACUCCUGACGAAGACGAAGAAGCGUCAAAUAAGCAAAUGGAGCAACAAACCAAAGCUAAGCUGACUGUAGAUUACGCAGAGACAAGUGACGAAUUUUCCGUUGCUGAGACACUUAUACCUAAAGGAGAAAUUGAAGGGCGGUGUUUAACUAGAGUUCCAACUUUACUGAAAGGGCAACUGCGAGAGUAUCAGCAUGUGGGCUUAGAUUGGCUAGCUUCUCUUCAUCGAAGUAACUUGAAUGGUAUUUUAGCUGAUGAAAUGGGUCUAGGGAAAACAAUUCAGACUAUUGCUCUGUUAGCUCAUUUGGCAGAAGCUUAUGGGGAUUGGGGUCCCCAUCUUAUUGUAGUCCCAACUAGUGUUAUCAUAAACUGGGAGUUUGAAUUAAAAAAGUGGUGUCCUGCUUUUAAAGUAGUCUCAUACUACGGCUCAAUAAAAGACCGUAGAUCCAAACGAAGUGGAUGGACAAAAGACAACGCAUUUCAUGUUUUGAUAACAUCGUAUAAAUUGGUUGUACAAGAUCAUUCCUCAUUUCGUCGUAUGAAAUGGAAAUAUUUUAUUCUAGAUGAAGCUCAGAAUAUUAAAAAUUUCAAAUCUCAAAGAUGGCAAAUGCUUCUUAACUUGAAAUCUAAAAAUAGGUUGUUAUUGACUGGUACACCAAUUCAAAACAGCUUAAUGGAGUUGUGGUCUUUAUUACACUUUUUAAUGCCACAUAUUUUCGAUUCGCAUAACGAUUUCCGAGAAUGGUUUUCUGCCCCUUUAACAAGCAUGGUAGAAGGAUCUAGAAAAUUUAGUGACAGUCUUGUUACUCGUCUUCACAAAGUUCUACGUCCGUUUUUACUGAGGCGAUUGAAAAAAGAUGUCGAGAAACAAAUGCCCAUGAAACACGAGCAUGUUAUCCUUGUCGACCUAUCAAGACGACAAAGAUUUCUCUAUGAUGAAUUUAUGUCAUUAUCAGAUACAAAACGUCAAAUUGACUCUGGUAGCUUCAUGAGUAUUAUGAACAUACUAAUGCAAUUACGAAAAGUAUGUAACCAUCCCCAACUUUUUGAUCCAAGGCCUGUACUAAGUCCGUUUAAAAUGAAAUGCUUAUCCAUUCGGAUUCCGUCGUUCUUUGUCUUAAAUAUGGAAAGAAAAUUCCUGGAAUUUCCUUUAUUGUCUACAAAUACUAAAAUAGAUGGGCUAGUUGAUGAAAAUGGCAUUGUUGGGGGUGAAAUGUUUUCUGAUAAAGUGAUUCCUAUGGGAGAUGACAGACGAUUGGAAAUUGAAACAAGAGAUGGAAGAGGUACCUUCUACACUACACCAGAUGUUUUGAUACGAGCAGCAAUACAUAGAAUUACGAGAGGAGAUAUGUCCUUAUCAGAUACAUUAGACUCAGAUUUAAUGACAAAACUAUGGUUGGAAUAUUACAAUAGUGGAAGGCCAACUAAUAUUGUAUCUUUUAGACAUGGAAAUUUUCUCUAUGCUCAAAGGUUUGUAGCAAAGAGACUAAAAAUUAAAAAACAAAUCAAUAAGGAAAGCGACACUUUGAAAAAAAUUCUGAGAGUAGUUGACGAUUACCAUGUAUCAGAAGUUCGUCAUUUAGAGGAACUCAUCAUGUAUCUUCCUGAGUGUUUGGUUCCACCUCCAGAACUGCAAAUAAAUAGCUCAAGAAGCAAUUUAUUCAUUAAUACGCCGGCUCCCACAGAAGUGAAAGAAGAAUUUGGACACUGGCAUUUGGUUUGGAGGAAUUUUCAAUUACAAUUUCCAGAAACCCGUUGGGUUCAAUACGAUUCGGGGAAAUUGCAAGUUUUAGCAAUGUUGUUGAAAAGACUGAAAAGCGAGGGGCAUCGUACACUUAUAUUCACUCAAAUGACAAAGAUGUUAGAUGUAUUAGAAAUGUUUUUAAGCUACCAUGGUUACACUUAUUUGCGAUUGGAUGGAACUACUAAGGUGGAUAUGAGACAUAGCCUAAUGGAAAGAUUUAACCAAGACACUAGAAUAUUUUGCUUUAUUCUGAGCACAAGAUCUGGCGGUAUAGGAGUAAAUUUAACAGGCGCUGAUACUGUUAUAUUUUACGAUUCUGAUUGGAAUCCAACAAUGGACGCUCAGGCUCAAGAUAGAUGCCAUAGAAUAGGUCAAACUAAGGAUGUACAUAUCUAUAGACUGAUUUGUAAACAUACCGUUGAAGAAAAUAUAUUGAAAAAAGCUAAUCAGAAAAGAUUAUUAAGCCAUGUUGCAAUAGAAGGCGGAAAUUUUACGACAGCUUCAUUUAAACAAAGUACAGUCAGAGAAAUUUUCAACAUACCAACUGGGUUCUCCAAUGAUCUUAGUCUGGAAGCUCAAACAGAGUUUUUGUCAGAGUCCAACAAAACAACGCAAUUAUCAAUGAAUCAGAUGGAAGAGGCGUUAACUAUGGUUGAAGAUGAGUCUGACGUAAAGGCUGCCAAAUCGUUAAGAGUUGAAGUAGAUAAUGAAGGCAACGAAUUCCAGGAUGAAAACGAUGAAGGAGAAGCUAAAGAGGCUGCAGAUGCCAUUUCGGCUGAACUAAAUAAAAUGAAAGAACAAACAAGUGAAUUAGAAAAAGACUGUACGCCAAUUGAACGUUGGUGUGUAAAGUUGAUUGAAAAUAAGUACAAAGAUGUUUAUGAAGAGGAAUUGAAAACAGCUAAAGAGGAAGUAGAGUUGGCUCAAAAGGAACUAGAGCAAAGCCAAGAGGACGCGAUGAUAACUGCCUUAGCAAAACAACUAGAGAAAGAGCAAGAAGAAAUUGAAAAUCAUUUCCAUACUGAGGAUCAGGUACCUGCAUAUAUACAGAGAGCAUUAAUGUUACCAGGCCGAGCGGGUUUUUGCCGCAAAUCCAGACAAUUAUAUAAAAGUUUAGGUGAUUUCGACAAUAGCGAAGAUAAUAUGCUAAAAUUAUUCAAAAAGCACAAUAAGUAUCCGCUUUAUGUGGCAUGCUGGACGGCGGAGGCUGAACGUUCAGAUAAUAUAGGGGAAGAGGCUAAAAAACGAUUGGAAGAAAUCGGUGAACGAAUUCCCAUUCCUCAACCAGUAAUACCAAAGGUUCCAAAAACGAAGAAGAAAGAGGAAAUUCUUUCUAGUAAACAGCGUCGAGGAAGAGGUCGUCCUAGAAAGUUAGAAACGACAACCAAACAUGAAUUAAACGACUCUCAUUUACACACAUCCAAUAUUUCCAUUCCCUCUGACCAAGAUAACGACACUGAUGAUGUAACUGUAGUUGACGAAGAAGAAGAUAAUAAUAACACAGCAAAAACUGCGAAGAAUAAAAUUAAUACAAUAAUAAUUCCUACUACAGUGCACACUAUGCCUAAAGUUCCAACCGUAGUACUCUCAGUUGCACCAGCUAUAAAACCUAAUGUGAUAGUGGUUAAAAGUGAUAACAGUCGGAUAAGACAAUUGCAUUCAACAGCCACUAUCACCCCUUUACCUUUAAGACUUACCGAGCAAAGGAAGCCAGCAGUUACAAUUAUUAAACCACAACAGAUUAGGCAACAAAUACAACAACGUCCUAUUUAUGUUUCUAUUCCUGUUAGGAAUGUAGUUCCACCGCAACAACCAAAACAGCAAACAGUUUAUCUUGUUUCCAGGCCUCAGCAGCAACCAAAACAAACGCCUGUUGCUAGAGUUGUUACUCUUAGUUCUACUUCGGUCUUACGACCAGUCUUAACAGCAAGAGGUGUACAAGCAGUAAGACAGCCUCAAGCUACGGUAACAGUUAGUCCAUUACCAAGAAAAAUAGUUCAACCAUCUGACAAGCUGAUUUUACCGACUGCUAAACUACGUAUGCCAAUUUUGUCUGUUCAAUCAGCCACCAGCACAACGGUAAUAUCCUGUCAAACGAAGUCUGUAAUUGACAAUGACAAAGACGACGCCGAAGAUCGACGAAGAUCGGGUAGAUCCCAUAAGCCAACGGCUAGGCUGCUACAAUCAGCCUUCUCGACGAAGCUGUUAAAGAAUUCUGAUGCUCCGUCAAAUUAA